AUUUGUUAACACUUAUUAAGGAAGGAUUAAAUAAAAUUUGUUUGGUUGAUACUGAGCUACUAAUUUUCUUUCUUAUCUCAAGAUUAACCAACACCAUAUUUCAUUGCUGAGAAGGAUGAUCACUUCACGGCAGAGAUGAGCGAGGAGUGCAAAAGCAUAAGAGUGCACCAAGGAGAAAUGAGAACAAUUCGUAGGCUAUAGGCCCGCUUGAUUUUGUUCUUGACCCAUCCCGCCAAUUCGUCCAACAUAUGAAAGGUCUUCUUUUCUCUCUUGUUUUGUUUUCUUUUUCCUCCCUAGAACGUUUUUAUAUAACAUAAAGUUGAAAUCUCAUGAAUCUUUUGUACAAUCUUACUUAGGUUUUGAGUCGGGAGUAGGCCUGGGCGUUUAUAACGGGUCCCGAAAACAGAACCUCUAACCGAACCGAAAAACCGGUGUCGGAUCGGUAACGGUACUGAGGAAAAACACCUAUUAGGCUUUGUAAUAUCAAAUGUUCGGAGGACGGGUCGGAUCGGCAAUAAACCGUUAUCCGAAUCAAAAACCGGACAUAACCGACUUUAAUGAAAGCUCGUGUACAUAUGUGUCUCCUCGAUUACAUCUCACCAUUUCCUCGGUUACAUCUCGUCGGCUCCUCUUCUCUUCGGCGGUGGAACCCUAGUUCCCACAAAAGCUCCUCGAUUCAACCCCGUAAUCACUGCAAAAUGGCCACUAUAAAUCAUCUGUGUUCUCUCCAUUCGACUGCAUCAUAUCUUUCCAGCAAUCAAUCACAGAUGGACUCGACAUCAUCUCUUGAUCGAGAAACCCGUAGCAAAGAAGAUGACUUUCAAACUCCGGAUAGCAACAAAAGCAAAAGAAAAGAAUGUGAAGGAAGUUCUCAACCAUCCAAAGUGACUUCUCAACCAUCCAAAGUCAAGCGGCUCCUCCCAACAAGAUCAGAAGUAUGGGAACAUUAUACAAGAACUAAAGAGGACAGAGACAGGUGUUUAUGCAACUAUUGCCAGAAGGAAUACUCGUGUCUCACCACAUCAGGGACCACAAACCUGAAGAAACAUCUUGAAAUCUGCAAAAACCAUCAAGCGUGGUUAGCUAGCAAAAAGGAGAAACAAAAAGGUAUUGCUGAAGAUGGAAAGCUCAAGAAGUGUAAGCUUUCUGAAACUGUGUUUAGAGAAGCCACGAAUGAGAUGAUUCUGUUGGGACAAUUGCCUUUAGCGUUUGUUGACAGUGUGGCAUGGAAGCAUUUCUGUAAAAAGGUAUGCAUUCCUUAAGUGUAAUUUAGCGUUUGCUGUUAAUUAUUCAAUACAAUAUUUACAUUUAUGUAUCUGAUUUAUAUGUUUGUAGGCAAUGCUGUACACUCCUCAUUCAAGAAGGACCUCAUCUAAAGACAUCGUAAAGAUGUAUGUGGAGAAGAAAGAGGCAUUGAAGAGAUGGUUCUUAUGCAAUAAGCAACGUGUGUCUGUUACUACAGAUAUAUGGGUUUCUCAAACUACAGGUGCUAGUUACAUGGUGAUCACAGUGCCUUACAUUGAUGCUUUGUGGCGCUUGAAGAAACUGAUCAUAGGCUUCAAGCACAUCACGGAUCACAAAGGUCAGACUAUAGCUACUGUUUUGCUAGAUUGCUUGGCUGAAUGGGGAAUUGAGAAGGUCUUUUGUAUUACUGUUGACAAUGCUACUGCGAAUAGUUCAGCGUUAAGAAAGUUUCAUAGUGCGUUUGCCUUAGUGUCUGAGCAGUCUCUUGUCUUAGAUGGUGAGUUCUUGCACAUGAGGUGUAGUGCUCACAUAAUAAACUUGAUUGUGAGGGAUGGAAUGGCAGAGAUAGACCAGAAUGUGGCUGCUAUCCGUAACGCUAUCGCCUAUGUCAGAUCACAUACAAAUAGGCUGAGGUCUUUUGAGCUAAAGGUUGACUCGGGGAAGAUCACAAGAGGAAGCUUGCCUUUGGACGUCAAGACAAGGUAGAAUUCAACAUAUCUGAUGUUGACAACAGCGCUGAAAUUCAAGGUUGCGUUCGACAAGAUGGAGGCAGAAGACAGGUUGUACAACGACUACUUCAGUGAGUUAGAGAAUGGUUCUACAAGGGUUGGUCCUCCUCAUCAUACGGACUGGGAUGCAGUGGAGAAAUUGUGUCGGUUUCUUGUCAUAUUUUACAACUCAACAUUGGUGGUAUCAGCCUCAACUUCUCUCAAUGCGCACAAGUGUUAUGGCGAGAUAGUAACCAUUGCAACAAAUCUGAUGGCACUCAUCGAGAGCUAUGAUUCUGAGUUGAAGUCGAAGGCAACAAAAAUGUACAAGAAGUUCGACAAGUAUUGGGAUGGUCUCAAGAACUUGAACAAGAUGCUAAUGGUUGCGACUGUCUUUGAUCCCACCAAGAAGUUGGAGCUUGCAAAGAUGUGCUUUGAGGAAUUGUAUGGAUUAGACACUGUCGAGUACAAGGAGGUGUACGAGUCCUUGAUUACCGUCUUGAGAAGUCUGUUCAAAGAAUACAGUGCAAGACAUCGUUUUGAUCCAAAUGAUCAAUCAUCUCAGCCUAGCAACAAAUCUCAGUCUUCUCGAGAGCAGUCUAGCAACAUUGAGAUAGUGGAUGAUUGUGCUGGUUAUAAGAGGAUUGAUGUGAGAUACAAGAAGAAGCUGAACGAGAUUGGGGUUAGAGAGAAAAGGGAUGAAUUGGAGACUUACCUCAGAGAGAGUGUGGAGAACCCGGAGUUGAUGGUUGGAAUGGAUUAUGAUGUGCUGUCGUGGUGGAGGACGUACUCAACCAGAUUUCCAGUGUUGUCUGAGAUUGCUAGAGAUGUUUUAGCAAUGCAAGUGUCAUCAGUUGCUUCAGAGAGUGCCUUUAGCACCAGUGGGAGGAUUCUAGAGCCACACAGGAGCUGUCUUACUCAUUUUAUGGUUGAGGUUUUAAUGUGUUCAGAGCAGUGGAUGAAACAAGAUCUUGAGGUGGAGACACAACAGCCUUCAAAUGCACAAGUUCUUGUUGAUCUUGAAGAGGAUGACAAACUUGAAAGAGGUAACACUAUUAGUUCUUACUUCAAUUUUUCUUAUUGCUUACAAUAUAAAUGUACAUUUUAAACAUUGUUUCUAACUUCCAUUUUGCAGAGAAUGAAGAUGCAGCAAUGUUGGAGUAAGAAGGCCAGCCCGUCACCAAGAAGAAGAUUGUCUUUAUGUUUGAAACUUGAACGAUUUGCACUUGUUUUUUUAGUACUUUGUUAUGCCUUUGUUUUCAUUUUGGUUCCUAUGUUCUUGUUGUGUUCAAAACUAAAGUAUCUUUGAAUUUGGUUGUUAUUUGAACGAGAUGAAUUUUAUUUCAGUUUCGGAUGUUUAAGUUUGUUAAGUUAUUUUAAGGUAC